AUGGGAUCCUUACCAAUCGAUUUUAACCUCUCACCUGAGGCGUGUGAGCCGAUAGCUAUCAUUGGAAUGAGUUGUCGAUGGCCCGGCGAUUCUGAGUCUCCAUCCGAGCUUUGGGAUUUCUUGCAAGCCAAAAGAACUGCAUACAGUGCUUUUCCCGAAGAUAGAAUCAAGACCAAGUCAUUCUACCAUGCAAAUGGUAACCGACCUGGAUCUUUCUACACAGAGGGAGGCGCAUUCCUCAAAUCUGAUGUCCGUAACUUUGAUCAUACAUUCUUUGGAAUACAUCCCAGGGAGGUGAUGAGUAUGGAUCCUGCGCAAAGAAAAUUUAUGGAAGUUGUCUACGAAGCCUUCGAGUCUGGAGGAGUUCCAAUGCAUAAAUUGGCCGGUUCAAAAACCGGCUGUUUUGUCGGAAACUUCAAUUACGAUCACCAGCUCAUGCAAUAUCGUGACCCCGAGUACCCGCAGCCAUAUUCAGUGACUGGUGGCGGGAUUACGGUUUUGAGUAACCGUGUCAACUAUAUUUUUGAUCUGAAGGGACCGAGCAUGACACUCGACACAGCUUGUUCUAGCUCAAUGUAUGCUUUACAUUUAGCUUGUUCUUCAAUUCAAACAGGAGAGUGCACUGCUGCUGUUGUUGGGGGAUCAAACUUAAUCCUGACCCCAGAAUGCCAAUUGUUUUCUUCGGUACUUGGAGCUGUCUCACCAACAUCUGUUUGCCAUACAUUUGAUGCUGCAGCCGACGGAUAUGCCCGUGCUGAUGGAAUUGGUGCUUUAUACAUCAAAAGUCUGGCUCAGGCAGUGAAGGACGGGGAUCCAAUUCGAGCUGUUAUUCGUGGCACAGCUAUCAACGCAAAUGGGAGAACUGGUGGAAUUACGCAUCCAAGCCCCGAUGGUCAAGAAGCAGUGAUUCGUAGAGCAUAUGAACGUGCCGGUGGUUUAGACCCUGCACUUACCGGAUAUUUCGAAUGCCACGGUACUGGAACUGCAGUUGGCGAUCCAUUGGAGAUAUCAGCAAUCGGCCGCGUCUUUGCGAAGUCAAAAUCAAGAGAUUCGCCUCUUUUGAUGGGAUCUAUAAAAUCAAACAUGGGCCAUAGUGAGCCAUCGAGUGGUAUCGCAGGCGUCAUGAAAGCUGUAAUCGCGAUAGAGCAUGGAGUUGUUCCACCAACCGUGGGCCUGAAGACUCUCAAUCCUAAUAGCAAGCUUAAAAUUGUGACGGAAAGUACACCGUGGCCCGAUUUACCAGUUCGAAGAGCGAGUAUCAAUUCCUUUGGAUAUGGAGGAGCAAAUGCUCACGCGAUUAUUGAGUCCGUCGAUUCUGUACUUCCCUGGUACCGAGAAUCACGACAGAUUCAUGCAAACAAGGUUGACUCCCAAGUACAUCGAAACGGAGUUAAAAAUGGCGAAGAAAAGUUGACUCACAUGCAUCGAAACAAGUUUAUUCUUCCGUUCUCAGCCCAUGACGAGAGAACUCUCGCAGCAAAUAUUUCUGCUCUCAAAAAUAACAUCUCAGAUUGGAAUUUGAAUGACAUAGCAUACACGCUCAGUGAGCGACGCUCACUUUUCUCUCAUCGCACCUUUCAGAUCGCUAGUUCUGGUACCGACCAUCAGAUUGCGGAACUUGUACACACACCUAAGAAGAUUUCUUCAAACCCUCCAACUCUUGGUUUCGUCUUCACAGGUCAAGGUGCGCAGUGGCCUGAAAUGGGCGUAACUUUGAUGCACGAGUUUCCUAUUUACCAAAACACCAUCCGAACCUUAGAUGCGUAUCUGGACGAGUUACAGGACGGUAGAAGCUGGACCAUUGAGGAUACUCUUCGGCAACCAAAAGAUAAAUCCAAUAUACAUGAUGCAGAGCUAUCUCAACCUCUUGUCACUGCCAUUCAGAUAGCUUUGGUUAAUCUUCUAGCUGACUGGGGUAUUAAGCCGUCGGCGGUUGUUGGCCACUCUUCUGGCGAGAUUGCUGCUAGCUAUGCAGCGGUCCGCGCAUACAUUGGCCAGAAUGAGGGCAAAGUUAUCGUUGCAUGCCACAACUCUCCAGAAAGUGUUACACUCAGUGGCGACAAAACUGCGCUACUUUCUGUCAAAGAAGCCCUCGAUGGGGAUAAGAAGUUUGCAAGACUACUUUCGACCGGUGGUAAUGCGUACCACUCCCACCAUAUGAAGCCUCUUGGAUUGGGCGGAUUUGACCCUGCCUGUAUUUCAUUGCAAUCUCAAAUUGAUACCUUUUUUCUUCGCCAAUUGUUGACUUUAUCCACUUUCGCAGGCCCAGAAUACGAAGCCAGUAUUGAAAAAUAUGAAGAACCGAGCUACCCGAAAGUUAUCAAAGCUCAGCCUUCGAAAGAACCAGCUCCAAAGCCAGCAGCCUUCUUCUCCAGCGUGUACGGUCGUGCACUAGACGAAGGUGCCAACAUAGAUGGUUCAUACUGGAGAAAAAACAUGGAGUCGCCAGUGUUGUUCGCCGAAGCUGUUGCAGCUUUAGUCACAUCGGUGCCAGUUGAUAUUCUUGUUGAAAUAGGGCCACACAGUGCACUUCAAGGCCCGCUCCGACAGAUUUCAAAGAACCAUUCUGGCAGAUUUCCCGAAUACCUGACGGCUAUUGUACGGAACAACGAUAACGCAUCUGAUGUUCUUACCUUGGCUGGAAUGCUGUUUACAAAAGGACACAAGGUGAACUUAACGCGUGUCAACGAGAGUAAGUGUCCGGUUGAUGAUUGUGGGCAGGUCUGUAAGAUAAUUACCGACCUCCCACACUACCAAUGGCAGUAUUCGGAUGUGUUACUCCUUGAGAAUCGUUACACGCGCGAGUGGCGCCAAAGGCAACAUCCGCGACACGACAUUCUGGGAAGCCGAAUUCCGGGAGGCGUAAAAGACGCACCGACAUGGAGAAAUAUUCUGAGGAACAAAGACCUUCCGUGGCUAACGGAUCAUCGAGUUGGCCAAGAGAUAGUUUUCCCAUCCACAGGCUACCUUGCGAUGGCCAUCGAAGCAGCAACCCAGGCGGUAGAAGUCAAUGGUGGUUUAGAAGAAGAAAUAUCAUCCUACGAAAUUCAGGAUGUCAGUUUGCAAAAGGCAUUGGUGAUCCCCGAAGAGGACGGAGGCAUCGAAAUCCUUUUCACAUUGCGAAAGGCUAGCUUGAAUACCAACAGUGAUUACGAUUCAAGGUUUGAAUUUCUUCUUACUUCGGUAGAUAGUGUGAAUGGAGAAGACAACUUUGUCGAACAUUGUCGGGGUACUGUUCAUGUCAAUUUCAAACCCGAUGUUCCCACGGCGAGUUCAUUGUUGCAGGAGAUAGAUAGUUCAAGACGAGAUUUAAAGGACAUACCAAGCCUCCCUUGGUAUGAAAAAUUUGCCUCCAUCGGGUUAAUUUAUGGUCCAACGUUUCAGGGUCUUUCUUCUAUAAAAGGGGUGGAUCAAAAGAGACUCGCCGGGGCGAAGAUCCCGUUGAAGCCGACAGCAAAAUUAAUCGCGGGAGAGUCUCGUUAUGUAAUCCACCCUGCAGCUUUCGAUGCAGCAAUGCAACUCUCUAUUGUAGCUUCACAUUCAAGCACUGCUACCAAAUUCAAGAAGGCGGUUAUGCCUGUCAGCAUCGGCAGUAUCAAAAUUUGGCCAAAAGUAGCCAAGUCCACAAAAGCCUCUGCACAUUGUGUCGCUAGAGGUGCAUUGAAAGGGGUACGAGGGUUGGUGGCAGAUUUGAUACUGCUUGGCGACACACAAAGCAAGAUCCUUGAAGCCAAAGAUAUCCUCCUCAUUGCAUCAGAUCAGAGCUCUUUGAUAUCUAGCAAAAAGGACAGUCCUUAUCUGCGAUUAACUUGGAAGCCACUAUUUGAAGAGCUUGAUGAUGAUCUUGUAUCGAGACUUUUCCCACCCAUCACGUUAGAUGACAGUGCAGUCCUGCCAUCUCUAAAUCUUUUAGCGCUGUAUCAACUUAUACAGUUUCGGGAAACACACCAGGAGAUAUUCUCCAAAGGAUCAGAGGUUCCGCAUCUACAACGCAUGCUCGAAUGGACGGUUGAGCAAUUAGAUCGUAUGCGCAAUGAUCCUCUGUCGCCUGCAAACCAGAUCUCCAACCUCACAAAUGAACAGCGGGCAGAGAAAAUUGAGAAAAUUGCAGCAGACCUAAAACCAAAAUCAUCUGAAUGUCGGCUCAUGUGUCAUCUCUACAACAAUCUUUCAGACAUAUACGCAGGCCGAAAGACUGGAAUUCAGGUCGCAUUACAAGAUAACUUGCUGAUAGACAACUACGAGAGCGGCCAAGUUUACAAGGAAGGGAAUAAGCGAUUGGCUUCUAUGGCCGCACUAUAUGCCCAUCAACAACCUAACUUGAAGAUCUUGGAAGUUGGAGCAGGCACCGGUAGUGCUACGCGAGAGAUUCUUCCUGCGCUGAAAGGCAAUACAGUAUGGCGACAGUAUGCAGAAUAUCGAUUUACAGAUACGACAACUUCCUUUCUAGCUGGUGCAGAAGAUACUUUCAAAGACUUUGCUGGAAUGACAUUCGGUGCCUUUGAUAUGGAGAGGCCCGCGAAUGAGCAGGGAUAUCAGCCGGAGUGGGAUCUGAUUGUUGCAUCGAAUGUUAUCCACGCAACCUCAAACAUCAAAAGAACUCUCGAAAAUAUUCGCAGCGCAUUGAAGCCAGGGGGAAAGAUUAUUCUGCUUGAGUUGACACGAUCAAAUUUGAGUGCCGGUUUGGUCCUUGGAACCUUCUCGGAUUUCUGGAAGGGUGAUCUUGAUACAGAGUUCCCGCGACGCAACGGACCAUUCCUAAGCAAGACUAUGUGGCGUGCAGUUUUACCAGAAGCGGGAUUCAAGGGACUUGAUUUCCAUUUGGAUGAUUACGCAGGUGAUCAUAUUUCUGCAACAGUUAUUUGUGCAACUGCUGCCGAGCCGUCUCUUGCACCAAAUCCAGAUUUGCCAUCGUCGCAACCAGGGAUAACAUUGAUUUAUCGCAGCACUCCAUCUGCCUAUACUCUUGCCCUCAAAACCUGCAUUGAACAGAAAGGCAUGCCCGCAGAACUCUUAGAAUUGUCGGAAAGCAAACAACUUCGAUACAAGCGGCUAUUAUUCGUUGUUGAACUCGAAAGGCCUUUGUUCCUGGAAAUCAAUGCUUCUGAAUGGAGAGGUCUUCAAAACUAUUUCAAACAGGCUAGUUCCGUCCUAUGGGUGACAAGCGGAAAUCUUCUAGAGGGCAAAAAUCCUGAAUUUGCGAUGAUUUCCGGACUUGCCCGUGGACUCAAGGUUGAAAAUGCCAGUCUUAAUUUAGCCAUGCUUGAUGUUGAUCAUGCACUCGAUCCAACCGAGAGCAAAGACCUUGAUUUGCUCCUGAACCAUGAGGACAAAAUAUCGAAUAAGGCAGGCUUACACAGUGACGUAGAGUUUAGACAAAAGAACGGCAUCGUUUACAUCAGUCGUGUAGUUCCGGAUGAAGCUUUGAACGAAGAAUCAAAGGUCAAAGGGAGUCAGCAAACUUCCACACAAGAGAUUCAGCUUGCAGAUAUGAGAUCCACCCCUCUGAAGUUGGCCAUUGACAAACCUGGCGUCUUGAGCACAAUCCACUUUCAAGAAGAUCCAGACUUCACAGAGCCUCUUGCCGAUGAUUGCGUUGAGAUAGAAGUCGCUUAUGCUGGUAUCAACAACAAAGAUAUAGCUGUUGUUACAGGCCGGCAUCACUCCAAUACUUUUAGUGACGAAUGUGCGGGUGUUGUAACCAAGAUUGGGGCUUCUGUAAAAGAUCUGAAGCCUGGAGAUCGAGUCUAUUGUCAAUCGUUUGCGAAGUUUGGGAACUUUGUUAGAGACAAAGCUUGCUUCUGUAAAAAGCUCCAACCCGAAGAUACAUUCGAAAGUGCAUCGACUUUGCCUAUCGCGUUCUGCACUGCUAUAUACGGGCUCAUCGAUCUCGGAAGAUUGCGAUCGGGCGAAUCUGUACUGAUUCAAUCCGCAACCGGAGCAGUUGGCCUGGCAGCUAUCCAAAUCGCCAGAUUGUGUGGAGCUGAGAUUUAUGCCACUGUCGGAACAAAGGAGAAGAAAGAACAGCUUCUUAAAAUGGGCUACGGGAUCACAGAAGAUCACAUCUUCUGGUCGCGUGAUGCCGAUUCAGCGCAAAGUCUCUGGGAUUACACCAAAGGGAAAGGAAUAGAUGUGAUAUUAUGUAGUGCUCGGGGAGAGAUGAUGCAUGAUUAUUGGCGUUGUAUAGCACCUAUGGGACGGUUUGUUGAGAUUGGGCGAACGGAGGUUUUAGAAAAGGGGAAACUCAACUUGGAUGUCUUUCAACGAACUGCUACAUUCGCUUCUUUCGAUCUGGAGGUAAUGAGUAGCUUGAGGCCAAAGGUCAUUGGCGACUUAGACCAUUUCAAGCGUGUUGGCCUGAUUCGACCCCUACCAUACACAGCGUACCAUGUCUCAGAAAUUGACAAAGCUCUCAUGACUUUUGGCAAAGGUGUCCAUAUUGGGAAGAUUGUUGUCGGGUAUGAACAGAAGAGUAGCAUUGGACUCAAGGUACGAUUUAGUCCAUUCAAAUCGAAAUUUGAUCCAAAUGCAGCUUAUCUGUUAGUUGGCUGUCUGGGAGGUCUGGGCCGUUCGUUCAGCAGAUGGGCUGUCAACCGAGGUGCUCGAAACCUGAUUUAUCUCUCUCGCAGCGGAAACUCAAACAAGAACACGGAAACUUUUCUCAGCCAGCUUCGACUCCAAGGCGUCAAUACUCAAAUCGUCCAGGGUGAUGUUGCAUCGUUAGCGGAUGUCAAAUCGGCAGUCAGCAGUACUGAUCUACCAAUCAAGGGUGUCAUACAAGGAGCUUUAACACUUCAUGACGGACUUUUCAGUUCCAUGACCCUUGAUCAAUUCGAGUCCACAGUACGCCCUCGAGUAAUUGGCACACUGAAUCUUCACGAGGCCCUGAAAGAUUCGCCUUUGGACUUCUUUCAGAUGUGGAGUUCAUGGACAGUGAUGUUUGGCACAGCAACACAGAGCAACUACCUCUCUUCCAAUGCUUUCAUGGAUGCAUUUGCCCGUUACAGACAAAGCCUGGGAUUGCCUGCUACUUCGUUAUCGCUUAGCCAAGUUCUUGGGAUCGGAAUCGUCAGUUAUAUGCCCGAAUACCAGCAAGCUAUGACACGCAACGGCUUUUACGGUAACGACGAGGAUGAAUUCUUGCAAUAUUGCGAUGCUGGAAUCGGUCCUGCUUCGCAAACAACAGCGUACGAAUUUGAUCCCCUGGCUCAAGGGCAUCUUCUUGUGGGAAUUGAACCUGCAGGGCUACAAGAGAUCAAUGAAAAGUAUCCCAUCGACGACAUGCCUUGGUCACUUGAUCCACGAUUUCGCAACUUGGUCCAAGCUACGCAUAUGCUUUCGGGUGUUACGACAUUGGGCAAGGAGACUGGAGAUCCAUCGGAAGGUUUGAGUAUUGUUGAACGCAUCCGACACAAGAUUUCGAGGCUUCUGUACGUGGAUCUCGAUGAAGUCGACACUGAGACACCAAUCAAUAAAUAUGGAAUCGAUAGUAUGAUAGCGGCCGAGAUUCGAAAUUGGCUUUUCACGAAGUUUGGCAAAGAUGUUUCUCUCUUGACGAUGCUUGGAGCAACGACAACGGUGACAACGCUGGCAGAAGUUGUCUCCAAACGAUAGAAGUAUGAGAGAUGGAUGGAUCAAGAGGAUGUUGUCAAUAGAGAUAGGAUUGGGUUAAUUUUAUGUGGAACAAUCAAUGUGAGACUGGAAUGUGAAAUGAAUGUGAAAUGAAUGUGAGUUGAGUUGAGUAAAUAAAUACAUACAUCCGUAUACGUACCUAGUAC